AUGGACCUUCACUCGUCUCCUGAUUCUACUCGUCCCCAAUCAGAUGGUACAAACAACUCACAGGCAACUGUGGAAGAUCUUGACUUAUACAAGGAUUUGGGAUUGCAUGUAUUUGCGGACUUAAGAAGAAGCAACGAAGACCUAAGUGAAAACUUGAUUGAGGCAUCGUAUCCCAAAGUACAGCAACGCAAUGGAGCACUAAAGGAUGUGAGUGCACGCGUAGACGAGCUCAGACGUGACAUAGCCGAGCAAAGCGAGAGAGUCAUUGCGCUCGAGAAGGAAAACAGCGAUAUCAAGCGUAUGCUGGUGGACUUUGAAGAAUGUUUCAACAAUCUAGGACAGAAACUGAGAGCAGGAACGAAGUUGCUGAAGAGACGGUCUGAGACCACAGGCGAAGCGAAUGAAAGUAGGGCAAUAGAGAAGAGGAAGAAGAACACGCAGAGAUGGGCUGCUUCGCAAUUUGAGAAUGACUCAUUCGGCCUCUUCGCGUCCGCGGUGGUCUUUUCCCCAGUCUUGCGCAGCUCCACUUUGUUCCAUCCCCUACAACCUCGCGCAGGCCUUCUCCUUAUUGCUGAGCGUCCUCUGCAGGUUCGCGCCUAUGUUGCUCUCGUUCACGUUUGUGUCUCUCUUCAAGGGACACGCUAUAGCGAUGGUAGGACGAGAAUGUCAACUACCAUGUGUGUUUCUUAG